UUUUAAAAACAGCGUCACACUCGUGGUGCGUGACGAGCUCUGUGUGUGUGUGUGAGUGUGUAUGCGCGCGCACGUCCUGUCCAUGUUAAAGUGUAUCUUCUGACUUUAACCUAAACCUUCCUUCCUUUUUUUGGCUCGAAACCCUGCUGUGUUCAUUUGCUGCCUAAUUGGACUUUAUGAGACCAAUAACAGGGGGACACACCAGAGGGAGAGAGGGAGGGAAAUAGGAGGCUCUCUCUCUCUCUCUCUCCCUCUCUCUCUCUCUUCCCCCUCACUCCGUCCCUGCCUUAAUCCCAUUUGCCAUUGUACAUGCCCAAUCGCCUAUACUUUCCGCAUUUAACUUGGAUGACAUUUUUAUUUCAUCAUUAGCAUCAGGCUGACUGACACGGUGGACACUGUUUUGGGCGUUUUUUGGACGGAGGAGCCGGGAAUGACACAUCUCCACGCCGACUCCUGCUGCGUGCCUAUUUAUUUUUCCGCCUCUCCGACACUUUGUUUCCUUCUUAGCAAUUAAACGGGGCGCGCGUUCGGAGCGUGGAGAUCCUAGAUUAUUAUUUAAAAAAAAACAGCACCUAGAAUAUAUUACAGUCAAACAGGGUGACGUCGCAGUGAGGAUAUCCUCAGAUUAUUAAGUUAAAACAAAAAACCCAAACAUUUUAACUUCUUUUUCCCGUGGUCCUCUGCGUUCAGACCACAUCCACAGCGAUGCCAGAGACGACGCAGGAAACGUGCGCUCCGGCCAAGGACUCUCCUUUCUUCAUCAAGAACCUGCUGCACUGUGACAGCAAACCGUCCAAACCCAAACCCGUGUUCGCCGCCACCAAGGCGGCGCUGGAGGCAGGAUUUUCCCUCUCGCCGGUCGGGGACCUGCCCUGCUUCCCACGCUUUGACCUGUCCGCACAGAGGUUCACUCUGCCGGCUCAGUAUUUGGAGCGCACCUCGGCGUGGUGGUACCCGUACACCCUGGGCUCAACCGCCCACCUGCACAGAACCGAAGUCACAGAGAAACCCGGAGCCAGAGACUCCUCUCCAGCCUCGGGCACAGACAGAGACUCUCCGGACCUGGUGCUCAAAUCCGAGCCUGACGCCAAAGACGAGGACGAGGAGGACGAGCACAACCACAGCAAAAGCGGGGAUGAGAUCAUCCUGGAGGAGAGCGACGCCGAGGAGGCCAAAAAAGACGAGCUGGACGACUGGAAGAAACGGGACGACGACAAGAAGCCGUGCCGCAAGAAGAAGACGCGCACCGUGUUCUCCCGGAGCCAGGUGUUCCAGCUGGAGUCCACCUUCGACAUGAAGCGCUACCUGAGCAGCUCGGAGCGGGCCGGCCUGGCCGCGUCCCUGCACCUGACCGAGACCCAGGUCAAGAUCUGGUUCCAGAACAGACGGAACAAGUGGAAACGGCAGCUGGCGGCAGAGCUGGAGGCCGCCAACCUGAGCCACGCCGCGGCGCAGAGGAUAGUCCGGGUGCCCAUCCUCUACCACGAGAACUCGGCCUCCGACAACGGCAGCGGGGGCGCUUCGGCCGCCGUGCCGGUCAGUCAGCCGCUGCUCACCUUCCCUCACCCCGGCGUCUACUACUCCCACCCCAUCGUCACAUCAGUGCCGCUGCUGCGGCCGGUCUGAACACACCAGCAGCGGUUUAUGGGGAAAAAAAGAAAAGAAAAGAAGAAAUACAAGUCAUAAAAUAAGAAUGAAAAAGACUAAAAUAUUUUUGUAAAAAACCGACAGAAACACUGACACAGAGACUGACUGUUGGGCCACAGAGGACCUGUUUUACAAAUGUGUCAUUUGUCCACAAGGGUUCACACAAUCAUCUGACACCACAAAUCUGAGUUUAUUAUUAUUAUUAUUGUUAUUAUUAUUAUUAUUAGAUCUGGAACUCUCACUGCUCUCACUGCCUGCUGAUGAUUUUAUUUUUUAUUUUAUUUUAUUUUUUAAAUCGACACCGUUGUGGCCAGUCAGGGCAACAACAUCCAUGUUCAAACUGAUGGUGUGUUAGAUCUGAAUGACGACUGGAUGAAUGAAUGAAUGAAUGAGUGAGUGAGUGAAUGAGUGAGUGAAUGAAUGAAUGGAUCCACGGCCACUUCUUUGUAUUUUCUCAUGUAUUCUCGGUGGAAAUCUGACGGGACUUUGUUGUAAUAUUUUCUCUCUUUUUCCCCCUUCGUCUCACAUGUUUGACGGGGACAAUCAAGACACUCCCAGCUGUAAAAUGUCUGUGUAGCUUCAUGUUUAUCAGAAAUAUCUCUCUCUCACACAAACAAACACACGAACACACACACACACUCCACGCGGACCCGUCCUUUAAAGCACAAGUGUGAGCUCCCAUCUCCGGUUCUACACCGUGUUUUUGGAGCAGGAGCAGCACAAACGGCCACGCCACUCUGUCGAUAUGCGCUGUACAAAUGAUGUAAAUGUAAAUAUUUAAAAUUAAAAGAAGGAGGUGCGUGAAGGAGCUGCCACCUGCGGCUUCGACUUUGUACAGAAAAAAAAAACAAAAACAAACCAACCAACAAACCCACAACGUUUUGAUAUUGUAUUGCUGAACUAUGUUGUGAAAUAAAUGGAGAAGAACUAUAUUCCUCAGAUGAUUUGAAUUUAUUAUUUUUUUUAUUUUGUGCAAAAAUGUUUGGACUUGAUAUUUUAUAAUUUUCUGUUCUCAGUUUCACUUAACACCAGAAUAAACAGCAUUACACACACACUCACACACACACACACACUCCCAGUGCCAGGUGUGUGUCUGGCAUCAUCUUUGUAUUAUCCACUUUAGAAAAGGUUGUUUUACAUAAAGAGUGGUUCGCUCAAUUAGAUGCGUAAUUGCCGCCAUCUUGCCAAAAAUUAUAGCUAAUGUAUUCAGAGGAGGACGUCACUGUCUGAGUGUGAGCUAUUACUGUUGUGCCUGUGUGUGUGUGUGUAGAUAACUUUAACUUG